UCUGCCGGAAGAGAAGAAGAAGAGUUUUAAACUCAGAUUAAACCGGGAGGAGACCAGUGUCGGUCAGUCAUAACGUUGAGAAGAUGAGUGAGCUGGAGGAUAUCAGCCACCACAUUCAUGACAGGAUAUCAUCCUUACAACGCAUGCUGGAUCUGUCAGUUGUGGCAUUGCCCCACAAUAAAAUUAGGAAACUUGGACAAGAACUCUUUUCACUGCAGAGACUUUUGGAGGAGUUAGAAAAAUGUGUGGGCCGACAGAGGGAGCAGCUGAAGCAUCUGAAGGAACUUGAGGAGUCCUUCCAGAAGGAUGUGGAGAAUGUCAAUCACUUGAAGGACAACAUGCCUGCACACAUGCCUGUGAAGAAAGGCCCAGCAAAUGGCAAACCUUUAUUGAACAACGACGGAGCAGCUGUUCAACUUGGCCAACCAGAAAAUGUCAAAAAGUCCGGCAAGAACUACGUCAGAGAAAUGGAGUUCAUCACUAUGCCAGAGUUUGACAGCAUCCCUCAGUACAUGAAAGGACGUGUAUCCUAUGACAAACUCAAUGCUGCAGUGCAGAGCCUUAACACAGCUGUAACGGCCAAAUACAAGAUCCUUCAUCAGUCAGCGAAAACUCUGAGCAAUCAUGCACGCAAGCUGCACCAGCGCUUCAAGGACCAGGAGACGAAAGAUACAAAAGGUCAGUAUUUUGUGGUGGAGGAUGACAUUCGGGAAUUCACACAGAUGAGGGUGGACAAACAGUUUCAGGGGAUUUUGAACAUGCUUCGACACUGCCAGCGCCUGCGGGAGCUACGAGGGGGAGGCCUCACACGAUACAUGUUAUCAUGAGUCUCCGUCAUACGUCUUGUUCGUCCAGGCCUACUGUGUUUUGUCAAUGCUCCAGUACAAUCGUGCAUCGGGUCUGCACCUCUGCCACACUCCCCACCGAACACAGCUGUCCCAGCUGAUGGACAGCAUGUCUAAUUUUCUCCUGAACAUCAGCAACAAACUCUCGUUUCACAGACACAGACCGCAGUUUGUCCCCCGUCUCGCUUAUCUGUCUGUCGGCCUUAUCGAUGUCACACUCGGCUUGGUCGAUCCUGGAACUGUACUCUGUCACUUUAUCAGAGUAGUCGUCCACCUGAGAUUCACACCUGUCCACCUCCUCAGUAGCUCUGUCAACAGCGGCAUUGGUCUCAUUCCACUCCGCAGCAGAAACACCAAUAAUAAUACCCCCUGAAAACAGACAACACAGAUUAAUCAAUGUUGACAGUGUGAACUGCCUUAAAAUAACCCAACAUUUAGAGCUGUGUUCACUUACCUGCAAUCCACCCUGCAAUUGGGAUAAUAAAUAAACUUGCACCAA